AUGGAUGUAGGACACUCUUUCUUUCGCUACUUUAAUGAAUGUUUCCAAAUAGUUUAUUUUCUUUCACUUUUCUCAGGAUACAUCAAUGGCUGUCCAGCAUUAAUCCGAGAAAAAUAUCCUCAUAUAUUAUACGUGCAUUGUGCUUCUCAUUCGUUCAACUUAGCAUUGAGUGAUAGCUGUGAUAUACGUGCAAUACACAACACAAUUGGCACAAUUAAAGAAACUUACAAAUUUGUUCGAUCAUCAUCAGUUCGUACGCAAUUAUUCGAAGAAUUAGCACGUGAAUCCAAUGAGAAAAGAAAGGCAGUAAUAAGUGAAAAUAUUGCACCAUCAUCAACACAAAUAUCAGAAAAUAAAACAAUUGAACUUAAAUGUAGAAAAGUUAAAUCAGCAAAUGUCUGUUCUACAAGAUCGGUUGAUCGGCAUGUAGCUAUUGAAAUAUUUAGUACUUUAUUUCCUGCCGUUAUGGAAUUAUUGACGAAUUUAAUGCAAUCUAAAGAUAAAAAUGCUUCCACCAGAUCAAAUCUGUUAUAUGGUGAAUAUCGUUUUCAGAAUUUUUAUGGUCACUGCCAAUAUUAA